AUGGGGAGAUCUAAACUAAACAAUAAUGCAUGGGGACAAGCAGUCGGUUUCAUGUCUAAUAAUGAAAAUUUGUCUUUUCUUGUAAAAUUACAACAAAGUCAACAUGCUUACUCGGACACAUUUAUUAGGCAACAACGAAGUUAUAUAGCAAGUUGGCCGACAACGGCUGCCGAACAAUCAACUCCAUUAUCACCAUAG